GAAAAACAUGCACUAAUUAGAAUAUUACUUUUUCAGAAAUCAACCGGUAGUAAUGCAGCUAAUUGCAAGAUGUGCAUGUUCGAAGGACAAAACAUUGAGGGUCAAUACAACGACGAUGAAUUUAAAUUGUCCGACUUGACGAGCUUUGAUCCGCAAAAGAAGUAUUUCACUACCAUCGGCAUUAUGACCGAUCCAAUCCUAACUUGCGGUAUUUUCUGCUGGUAAUUGCUGCAUGCAACAUAUCUAAUCAUUUCUUUCAUUGUAGAUAUUGGAACUAUGACUUCUUUCUUAGACCCUGAAGAGGAGAAAAGAGGUAAAAUUUUGGAGAAAUGUAAAGAGAUUGAUGACUUGAUGGCCCAGCUAGCAGAAAUGUAUCCCUCUGUGCACUCGUUUGAUCACACGUGCACUUGCGAAGACGAUUGCCGCUGCAUCUUCCAGAACGAGGCAAUCCAAGAUGAGUCCAUUUUGAAUUUACCGAUCGGACGUAAAAACAAGUGCGUCUGCAGCUGCGGCCAAUCCUUCUGUCUGUGCAGCAAGCUCUCGAAAAUCCUUAGGGAGAUCAACAUGAUGAAUUACGAUAUCAAAUGCGACUGCAUCGAUGGAAAAGUCGACGUUGAAAGCAUACUAAAAGUGAAGCUGUUCUGUAACUGCAAGAACGAUAACAACUGUUUGUGCAGUAUAAUAUUACAGGAGUUCGCAAUGUGCGAUGGAAGCGUUUGCUGCUCUUGUCUGGACGUGGAAAACGAGGGAAAGAUGUUGAAGUGUCUUAAUUCCGCUGCGUCGUCUUGCACUUGCUCUCCCUUGAAAAGGAGCGCGAAUUCGUUGUGUGGUUGCGGUAGAGCCAUGAUCGGCACAGCUGAACCAAUGGAGAUCAUCUCGUGCACGACCUUCCAAUCUCAGGUCAGCGUACUAAUCGCCAGCACUACUCCGGUGGAUGACGACAGUUUGAUUAACUUCUUUAAUCCGGACGAAGCUAGUACCUGUGAGGAUCUAAAUAAAGAGUGAUGGUUGUGUAUAGUUACCGUUGCGUUCGUCGAGGUGUAAACAAAAAAAAAACAAGGGUAUGAUUACAAACAAAUUUAUAGCGCGUACGUCGAAAAGGGCGACCCAUUUCGUAGGUAACUACUGGCUGUGAUAUGAAUAUAAUAACGUACAUAUCACACCAGGAGUUCCUUCAAACCAGAUACCCUGUAUACGUUGGUUGCGGUUGCUACUAAUUCCUGUCCUGUUGUUCAGCAGCGUCCUGGUGCAUGGUGGUUGUUGAUGUUAUCCCUUUUUCUUCAAUCAAUCCCUCGACGGGCAGUCGAAAACAUUCUGCUUUGCUGAACCAGCUUUAUGAAUUGUAUAAAUACUCAUACAACUAGAUCACCAAAGAAGAAUAUGUCCGACAAUCUGCUUAGCCUUGCGAAACAAGUUUUGUUUUGUCCUGUGCGGUCGUCGCUGGGUGGCCCCUCGCCGGAUACAAAAGGGGGGAAGAAG